AUGAACAACUCAACGCCUCCAGGCUCUGAAGAACACACGUGUUUUAAAGUGGAUAUAUUCCCGUUGUUCAUCUUUGCGUUUUUGGUGAACAUCUUUGCUCUUGUUGCUGUUCUAAAGGCGCCACCGCGAUCAACAACUACAAACGCUGCGAGACAAAUUCAUCUGCUGAUAUGUUGCCUAUCUGCUUCGGAUACUGUAUCUGUUGGUUUACAAUGUUUAAUGCCCAUUGCUUCGUUCAUAAAUUGUGGCUGGUGGGGAGGACAGGCAACUUGUUCUCUCUUUGGCUACCUCAAUGCAAUUUUGAUUAUCUGGUCUGCGUGGAUCGUGGCACUUCUAAGUUUUCAGAGAUUUCUUUGUACCGUCUCCCCCUUUAAACACCAAUCCAAGUUUACAACAAAGCGAAUCAAGAAGGCGCUGUUGUUGUUAUUUCUUUUCACGUCUGCGUUUUUUACUCCUCCUUUACUUGGAAUUGGCGAAUUUGUUUAUUACAAAACUGGUCAGUUUUGUAGCUUGAGUUUAACUCCUACUGGAUUAUCAGAUUCAAUAUUUCUUUCGCUUGUUGUUGCCCAUGGAUUUGUAUGCGUUUUCUUAAUCUUGUUCUUCAGUCUUCACGUCAUUUUCUCUCUAAAAGCAAGACGAAAGGUUUUCCAAGGAAGAAUACCUCGCGCUGUGGAAGAUUCAACUUCGACAUUUGUUUCCUUAACGAAAGCGAUUGCAUUUGUGUUUUGCAUUUGCAACUUUCCUCUCUUGGUAUGUUAUACCGUGAUAGGAGUGUAGUUUUAUUUUUGGAUGAAAAUUAUUCGACGGCACAGAUUUAAAAUGAGAUUGGUAUAUAGUAAUAAAGAUUGUUCCGGCUGACAAAAAUUAAUCGAUCGAUUAAACCUUCUUCUGAAAUAUCAAAUUAUUGUAAGCCAACAUAACCUUAGCCUGUUCCAGGCCCUAAAAUAGUAAUGUGCAGAGAUUCAGAUGACGCGCGUCUUUUUUCUCGCCUGGCUUGCUUUUCGCGACGCCCCUUCGUUCCUCAUAAGCCCUUAUAAUCCCUUCCUCAUAAGCCCGGUGGCUUCCCUUGGGUUUCCUUGCCAUUAGCUUUUUAAAUAUUUAGAUUUUCUUGUUUUUUAGUCCACCGUUAUGGCAAAAUAAUCGACAAUAAACUGCCAGGCAUGCACAGGCUACAAAAACAAGGCGAGUUGCCAACAAAACCAAUAACAGAAACAACAAAUGAAAUGGACAGGAAAGUGUUUUUAUAGUUUUUCUACAUUUUAAAGGUCCCAUACUUAGCCUGUGCAACGCGAAAUUGGAAGCACCGUUUCGUAUAUGUGGGCAUCCCUACUUCGCCCAAUGACAAAAGGGCUUGAAAAAGUUAAUACUGGCCUUAGAACAGUACUAUUUUCUUGUCUCCGAUUUUUGCUCACUGAUUUGUAUAGACUUAUGCUACAGUCAAAAUUCGCUAGAAAAUUGAUCUAGAAAUACAUUAGUCUGAGAAAAAAAACGGCGUUGCAUGGGCACAAGGAAAACGGCGCUCGCUCCGGGUUGUAGGAUCCUGCUGCGACUUAUCAGUGACCAGCGCUUAAAUUUUAAUGCCCUUGGAUAAUCUCCCUUCAGAGCUGCUUCAUCCUGUUAGGUUCAAUCUUCACCUUUCUCUUUUUCUCUAUUGUCGUUUUGUUUUACAGAUCCGUAUUGCAGUAGACUUAGGAAAACAGACUUCACGCGAUGAACUUGGACUGGAGCAUACCAUCACAAUGGCGCUACUGUUUGCCAAUCCUUUGACCAAUCCGUUCAUAUACGUGGCUUGCAGAAGACGUUAUAGAAACAGUCUUAAAUUGCUUUUUUGUAGACAAUGCAAUGGCGUGGCUCCUGCGGAUAAUUUAGCGUUUGUUAUUGUCUAUGCAGCAAGAAGUUUCAAAAGAGGUCAAAGUGCUAAACAAGCCACAUCUUAUCUGUGA